UACUUAUAAAAGUGCUCAUAAAACAAAGUUAGUUUGAGAAGAACUCGAGUUAAUUUUGAUAGAGUAAUGGCUAAAUUUGUCCCAACCGUAGUCUUGUUUAUUGCUCUAAUUGGUGCGAUCCUUCUUGUGAAUACAGAAUCCAAAGGCACAUGUACCAAGACAAGUAAGAAUUUCAAAGGAGAAUGCAAAGAUGACAACGAAUGUGCAAGGGUUUGCAAGGCUGAGUUAACUGGAAAUCAAGUACUAGGUGGAGUUUGCAGAGAUCGAUCCAAGGGGUUUAACCAAUCAGUUUUAGAUGAAUGUGAGACGACAACCCAAGGAGUCCGAUUAGCUAAUCUGAGAAGAGAAUGCUCAAAAAAAGCGCAAAUAGAUAAUGGUCGUGAGUGCUCCUGCGUAGUCAUAUGUUGAUUAUAGAAACUGCGCGGAAAGAAAUUUGAUGUUUUGCAUAUCUUUAAAUAUAUACCCAUGUGCUUGAUAUAUUGAAUAUGUUGUGGUUUGGGUUG